UGGGGACAGGACAGGAAAUGAAUUAAAUGGAGUUCUUCCGGAGCCAAGCGAUGGACAAAACUCGCUAGAGAGAGAGGGAGAGCGUGUACUAGCCGGCCGGAGAGUGGAGAUGGGGAGGAAGAUGGCGGUGCUGAUAGGCUGCAAUUACCCGGGGACGGAAGAGGAACUUAUGGGCUGCGUAAACGACGUCAGGCGGAUGCACAAAUGUCUCGUUCGGCGGUUCGGCUUUUACGAUCGCGACAUCGAGGUGCUCAUCGACACCGAUGACGACUUCCCGAAGCCUACUGGUCGGAACAUUCGUGAUGCCAUCACCGAUAUGGUUCGAUCUGCCAAGUUUGGAGACGUUCUUUUCGUCCACUUUAGUGGCCAUGGCAUUCGUCUCCCCCCUCGUCGCAAAUACGACAACACUGGCUACGACGAGUGCAUCAUCCCCACCGACUCCAAUCUCAUCACUGAUGAUGAUUUCAGGCAUUUUGUAAAUGAAGUUCCCAAAGGUUGUCGUAUUACAAUUGUUGCAGAUUCUUGCCACAGUGGCGGCCUUAUUGCAUAUGCUAAGGAACAAAUUGGUGAGAGUACUAAGAAGCAAUAUGCUCCAAGGGAAUAUUCUCCUCAAAGACAUCACCAUUACCAAUAUUUUGAUCAAGGGUCUUCUAGUUCUAGUUACCAAUAUUUUGAACAAGGGUCUUCUAGUUCUAGACACCAUCAUCGCCAAGAUUCUAGUUUGGGACACCACCAUAGCCAACAUCUUGUAAACAGAGAGAGUCAAGCUGGAUAUCGCUAUCAACGUACUUUCGAGUACAAAUAUUUGUCUCCUUCAAAAUUCGUUAAGAUGCUGAAGAGAAAAACUGGGAAAGAUGACAUUUAUGAAGGCAACCUGAGACAAACUCUAUUUGAUAUUUUCGGUGAAGAUGUCAGCCCUAAAAUCAAGUUGGAUGUGAAUGCCCUCAAUAUGGAAGUUGGUGAAAUUCUGAAUGGAAUUGGAAACUUGGCCCAAAAUUUCCACAAGUUAAACCUUGAGGAUAGUAGUAACCUAGUGACUUAUGCUAGAGGAACAACCAAUCCAACACCUCCUCGUAGAGGCAUUCUGAUAAGUGCUUGUCAAAGUGACCAAAGUGCUGCUGAUGACUGUGGAUCUGGGAAGCCUCGUGAAGCUUUUGGAGCUCUCAGUAAUGUAAUUCAGAUUAUAAUAGAUGAAACAAAAACUGAAGUUACUAACCGUACACUUGUACUAAAGGCAAGGCAGAUGCUAAAGAAACAAGGUUUCACCCAACGCCCAGGUGAAAAUUAUCAGAUUUGGGCAGUGAAGAUGGAGUCAUAUUUGCAGGCAAGUGAUUUAUGGGAUGUGGUAACAACUGAAAUACCAACAUUACCUGAGGAUCCAACCAUUGACCAAAUCACAGAAAAUAGGACAGCAACAAGAAAAAGGGUACAAGGCCAAGACCUGUAUUCACUCACCCGUAUCAGAAAUGAUUUUUACAAAGAUCAUGACUUGUGAAACAGCAAAACUAGCAUGGGAUCUUCUCAAGGAGGGGUACCAGGGUAAUCAGAGGACAAAGCGGAUGCAAAUUCUGAAUCUUAGGAGAGAAUUUGAGAUGAAAAAAAUGAAGGAAGCUGAGAGCUUCAAGGAAUAUGUUGACAAACUGAUGACCAUUGUCAACAAGAUCAGGAUGCUUGGUGAAGCAUUUCCUGAUAGAAGAGUUGUUGAAAAGAUACUGGUAACAUUUCCUGAAAGGUUUGAGGCUAAGAUUUCCUCUCUUGAGGAGUCAAGAGACUUGUCAACUAUUGCAUUGGGAGAGUUGAUAAAUGUGAUGCAAGCUCAGGAGCAGAGAAGAGCUUAUAGACAGGAGGAGGGAGUAGAAGGGGCUUUUCAGGCAAAGUACACAACCACUAGUGAAAGCAAGGGAAAGAAGCUUUGGAAUAGAGGAAGAGAAGACAAUGUUGGCAAGGGCACACGCAAUCCUCCUAAAUUUCCUCCUUGCCAACACUGCAGCAAAACCAAUCCUCAUCCAACUAAAUGUUGGAAAAUUCUGGAAUGCAGAUCAUGCAAGAAAAAGGGGCACAUUGCUAAAUUUUGCAAGAACAAACAGCAAACCCAGGUAUAGACUGUGCAACAACCUAAUGAAGAACAAUUAUUUGUUGCAACUUGUUUUGCAGGAAAUAACUCCACAAGUGAGGCCUGGUUAAUAGACAAUGGAUGUACCAACCACAUGACAUACGAUGAUUCCAUCUUUCAAGACCUUGAUAGGUCUGUCGAAUCCAAAGUCAGAAUUGGCAAUGGUCAGUUGAUCGAGGUAAAAGGAAAGGGAACUGUUGCUAUAACAGGUUCUGCAAGUAAAAAAGUAAUUACUGAUGUACUUUUUGUACUAGAAAUAGACCAAAAUCUGCUGAGUGUUGGGCAACUGCUUGAAAGGGGUUAUUCUGUAUUUUUUAAAAAUAAAACAUGUGAAAUUACUGACUCAAGUGGUGAAGUUUUGUUCUCAGUUGACAUGAAAAGCAAGAGUUUCAGUCUGGAGUUAGCAAAAAAUGAAUCGUGUGCAUACUCUUGCUCAAAGGUUGAUGUAUGGCACCGAAGAAUGGGACAUUUUCAUAAUUCUGCAUUAGAAUUUAUGCAAAAAAAGGAAGUUGUGAAGGGAAUGACAUUCACUGGAGAAGAAAUCAAAGUGUGUGAAGCAUGCCAGCUGGGAAAACAAUCCAGAAAGCCAUUCCCAAUUAACAAAGCCUGGAGAGCAACUGAAAGACUACAGCUAAUCCACACUGAUGUGUGUGGACCAAUGAGGACAGAGUCUCUUAAUGGGAGCAGGUAUUUCAUCAUUUUCAUUGAUGAUUUUAGUAGGAUAUGUUGGGUGUAUUUCAUGAAGCACAAAUCAGAAGUUACAGCAAUUUUUUGAAAAUUCAAAGCUUGGAUUGAAAAUCAGAGUAGCUGUAAAAUCAAAGUAAUAAGGUCUGACAAUGGGACCGAAUACACAGCCCAUAUGUUUGCAAAAUUUUGUGAAAAUACAGGGAUUGAGCAUCAAUUUUCUACUACAAAUACACCUCAGCAGAAUGGUGUGAGUGAAAGAAAAAACAGAACCAUAAUGGAGAUGGCUAGAUGCUUGCUAUUUGCGAAGCAUAUGCCGAAAUUUUUUUGGGCAAAAGCAGUUAAUACUGCUGUAUUUUUGCUGAACAGGCUUACAACAAAAGCCUUAAAGGGAAAAACACCUUUUGAAGUAUGGUAUGAUACUAAACCCUAUGUGUCAAAUUUAAAAAUUUUUGGCUGUUUGUGCUUCACUCACAUUCCAGAUGCAAAGAGAGGAAAGUUAGAUGAAAAGGCAGAAUAUGGAGUUCUGGUGGGGUACAACACAGUCACAAAAGGAUACAGAAUUUUCCAACCACUAACUAGAAAAUUCAUCAUUAGUAGGGAUGUGACAUUUGAUGAAGAUGCAGAAUGGAAUUGGGAAAAUGAUGAACCAAAAAGACAGACAACAGAAAAAAAGGAAGUAGUUGAGCUUGAUGAAGACAACGAUGAUGAACUACCCAUAAGAGGGACAAGGUCCCUUGCUGAAAUUUAUCAAAAAUGUAGUGUAGCAGUUCUGGAACCUGCUGGUUAUGAAGAAGCAGCAAAGGAUCCUAAAUGGAUCAAUGCAAUGCAGGAGGAAAUGAGAAUGAUUCAUAAGAAUCAGACUUGGGAGCUUAUGGACAGGCCUUUACACAAAAAAACAAUAGGAGUCAAGUGGGUUUACAGGACCAAGCUGAAGGCAGAUGGGACCGUGAACAAACACAAAGCUAGACUAGUGGUAAAGGGCUACGCACAACAGUUUGGAGUGGAUUUUUCAGAAACCUUUGCACCAGUGGCAAGGUUGGACACAAUAAGGCUACUCCUGGCAAUUGCAGCAUAACAACAAUGGAAAAUUUAUCAGCUUGACGUCAAAUUCGCCUUCCUAAAUGGUUAUCUGCAUGAAGAAAUUUUUGUUGAACAACCUGAGGGAUUUACAACUGAUCCUAGUAAGGUUUAUUUACUUAAGAAGGCUCUAUAUGGGCUAAAACAAGCCUUAAGAGCUUGGUAUGGCAGAAUUAAUGAACACUUGAUAAGCAUUGGUUUCAACAGAAGCCUGAGUGAGAAUACUUUAUAUGUUAAAAUAAAAAAAUAUGAAAUUAUUAUUAUCUCACUAUAUGUGGAUGAUUUGCUAGUGACAAGGAGUAAUGAAGAGCUUGUCAAGGUGUUUAAGGAGCAAAUGAUGGAUGCAUUUGAGAUAACAGACCUUGGUGAGAAGGCUUUCUUCCUUGGAAUGGAAAUGCAACAAUCAAAAGGUGAGAUUUUUAUUGGUCAAAAGAAGUAUGCUAAGGAAGUGUUAAGAAAAUUCAAAAUGGAGGAAUGUAAGCCUGUGGAUACUCCGCUAGCGCAAAAUGAGAAAUUUUGUCCAGAAAAAACAGCUGAAAUGGUUGAUGAAGGUUUUUGUAGAAGCUUGAUUGGUUGCUUAAUGUACUUAACAGCCACAAGGCCCGAUGUAAUGCACUCUGUCAACUUACUUUCAAGGUUCAUGCACUGUGCCAAGAAAGUGCAUCUUAUAGCUGCUAAAAGAGUGCUAAGAUAUAUAAAAGGGACAUUGGACUUGGGAGUUAAAUUUAGAAAAAAAGAUGAGUUAGUCCUACAUGGAUAUGCAGAUAGUGAUUGGGCUGGAGCUUGUGAAGACAUGAAGAGCACCUCGGGUUACCUAUUUAGCUUGGGUUCAGGGUGUUUCUGUUGGAGUUCAAGAAAAUAGGAAGUUGUUGCUCAGUCAACUGCAGAAGCUGAGUAUGUGGCAGCAGCUGCUCAGCUUCUGCAGUUAACCAAGCUCUAUGGUUAAGAAAGAUCAUGAUUGAUCUAAGGCUGGCACAAGAAAAAGCAACUGAAGUAUUUGUGGAUAAUCAGGUUGCGAUAGCAAUUUCGAACAACCCAGUGUUCCAUGGAAGAACCAAACACUUCAAGGUGAAGUACUACUUUACUAGGGAAGUGCAGAAAAAUGGUGAGGUGAAGUUAGUAAAUUGCAACACAAGUAUUCAACUUGCAGACAUUCUAACAAAGGGUUUGUCCAAGGCAAGGUUUGAAUUUUUGAGAGAAAAAAUAGGGGUAUGUAGCAAAAUUAGCAAGGAGGAGUGUUGAAAAGUGCUAUAUUUACUGCUAAAGAUCAGAAGUUGAAGAAGUCAAACAGUUGAAAUUGUUGAGGAUUUGGUGGAAUAACAGAAGCUAAAAAAUUGUUGAGUUUUUGAAUUUGAUUAUGAAUUUCAGUUGCUUGUUUAUUUUAGGGAUUUCUUAUUGAGUUUGUUACAUUUUUUUCUGUAUAAAUACAUUCAUAAGUUAAUGAAUGAACUAUCAGUUUUUGCAGUCCA